CAAAGUCAAAGAAUUUAAAGGGAGAAAAAAACUUUUCCCAUAUCCUCAAACUUCUAUUAAUAGAAAGCCUUUUGUCACUGAAAAAGUACAGACACAAACAUACACACGAGAUUAUAGCACUUAAUAGAGGCAGAAAAGUUAAGAGAUAUGAAGCAUUUCAGCCAUCCUCAUGAUAUGCAAGUCAUAGAAAUUCCAAGCCAAACAAAAAAGCGCACAUGUUUCGCUUGUAAACUUCCUUUGAUUGGUUCUUGUUACACCUGUUCACGUUGCAAGUUUUACCUUCAUAAAUUCUGUUUUGAGUUGCCACAGUCUGCUCAAUUUAAAUCCCACCCUCAACACACUCUUGCCCUCCUCUAUCCUCCAUAUAUCCAAGGGGGAUGUGAAGCCUGUGGUGAAUCCUGCAAUGGAUUCACCUACAAUUGUUCAUUGUGUAAUUUCAAUUUUCAUGCCAAUUGUGCUAGUUUACUUGAAACUGAGCCCGAAAAUGAUGACGAGAGAUAUAUCACAAUUUUCUUGAGGCAUAAAGUAUCAGAACAGAAAAGUUCGAAAACUGAACUUGGCUGGAUGAAAGCUCAGAAUCAGCAAUACGAGGAAGAACGAGCACGCAUAAGACGGAUGGAGAUGGAAUCAGAUUUGCAACGAAGAAGGCAAAACAUGUAUAAUCAACAGUUGAAGAGCAUGUCAGAUUCUAUCAAUUCCAUGGGACAAAUUGGAACAUCAAAUUAUACCUACAGAUAUUAUUGAAGAUUUAUCAACAUUAUUCUUACUUCUCGCUUUCUCAUUGGACCCCUUAAGUUCUUUCCCUGUUGUUUCCAAUGUUUCUGGGUAUAAUUAGUCGAAUGUUUGGAUUUCUGAAGUUUGAAAUUUACCAGUUAUUUGUAUCACUUUUGAAUAUGUCUACAAUGUAUAUUCAUUUCAAAUAAGUAAUUGUAUGCUGUUUGCUAUGUAUCAUUCAUUGUAUCACCAAUAAAUGUUGUGUAUCUUGGAUUUUCA